UAAUAUGCAAUCAAAUAAUUUUAAUAUUGAAGUUACUUUGUAUGAAGUUCUGUGAUACUUUUUCCAAUAGCAAUAAUGUUUUCGAGAAUACAGCAAAUCAAGUGAACGUGCAUAAUACUCAAUUUAAAAUUUAAAAUAAAGCCACAAUUAUCAGGUAGUGUUUAGUGAACUCUUGAAUGUUAUCGGACUAUUGCUAUGUCAAUGGAGUUGUUGUGAAAAUACUGUUCAUAGCAUAAUCUAUGUCAAAGCUACUCGGAAAAUUGCCGAUGUUCAGUGGUUUCUAUGUAGUACAUACGCAUUGGGUAACCCAUCAAGGUACUAACGAGACACGAUGGGCAAGUUACUAUCCAAGAUUUUUGGCAAUAAGGAGAUGCGAAUACUCAUGCUUGGAUUAGAUGCAGCAGGGAAAACAACUAUACUUUAUAAAUUAAAAUUAGGCCAAUCAGUAACUACGAUACCAACAGUUGGAUUUAAUGUAGAAACAGUAACAUACAAAAAUGUUAAAUUCAAUGUUUGGGAUGUUGGUGGUCAGGAUAAAAUACGACCUUUGUGGAGGCAUUAUUAUACUGGAACACAAGGUUUGAUAUUUGUGGUAGACUGUGCUGAUCGGGAUAGAAUAGAUGAAGCAAGGCAAGAAUUGCAUCGAAUUAUUAAUGAUCGAGAAAUGAGAGAUGCUAUUAUUCUCAUAUUUGCUAAUAAACAAGAUUUGCCAGAUGCUAUGAAACCAUAUGAGAUUCAAGAGAAACUUGGCCUCACCAGGAUUCGAGACAGGAAUUGGCAUGUCCAACCUUCUUGUGCUACUACAGGUGAUGGAUUGUAUGAAGGUUUAACUUGGCUAACAAGCAAUCACAAGUUAUGAAACGAACUAAACCAUGACUAAGUUCUUUUAUAAAUACCAGAUCACAAAAACAUUAAGCCAAUCAUAAAUGUUCAUUAAAGAUGUAUUAUAUAAAGAAUAAGUGACGUCAAUAAAAGAAGAAUAACUAGAUUUAUUUAACUGGUACAAUGAAAACUUGCUAAAUUUUUGCAAUUUAGAAAAUUAAGUCAAUUCCUAGACAUCCUAAAAAAACGUAUUUAUAUGGAUGUUAAUAUGUACUAGGUUUUUUAAAAUGGUUCGAAUUGAAGGUACAUGAAAGAUAAAGCGUAAAACAAUUCACAAAUUGCAUUUCAAAAUGUCCUAAAUGUUCAUUACCAAUUAAA